AUGGAGAGGAUUUGGGGCAUGCCUGAGGGGAGCCAGCCACCAUCGGAACCGCCGGAUGGGGGCGCUGGGGGCUCCAGGAUGAGUCAGACGGUGACUUUCAAGGAGAAGGUACUGGGUGCCCCGGCUAAGCGGGCGACUGUUCGCGAUCUUGUCAAGGAGGGGGCUAUGACGUUAGAGUUUGAGGGUGGGGAUCGUUUGCUACCCAAAUUCAGUAUCGCGGCACCCACAUUGAAACAGUUGUGUGAACCAUGGGAACAAUGUCUUGUGAUAAAGUUGCUAGGGAGAGAUGUGGGGUUCUUAACCUUGCGGGACAGACUACCUGCGUUGUGGAAGGUUCAAGGAGGUCUCGAGUUGCUGGACGUGUCAAAUGGCUACUUUAUGGUGAAGUUUGAUUUGGAGGCGGACAGAGAACGGGUCAUGCACGGGGGCCCUUGGAUGCUCUUUGAUCACUAUCUGAUUGUUAGACCAUGGUCCCCAGAGUUCGUAACUUCAGCAACGAAGGUCGAUAGUACUCUUGUCUGGAUCAGGUUCCCAAGUCUCGGGGUUAUGUUCUAUGAUGAGAGUGUCCUCCUAACAAUUGCUUUGGCCAUAGGGAAACCAGUCAAGGUGGAUCUUAAUACCUUGAACAUGACGAGGGGACGGUUUGCACGGGUCUGUGUCGAGAUAAAUUUAAAUGAACCAGUCGUGGGGAGGUUUUUUCUCAAUGGUGUUUGGUAUAAUGUGGAGUACGAGGGAUUGCAUUUGUUGUGUUCGUCGUGCGGUUGUUAUGGACAUGUCCUACGGAACUGUCCGCAUGCAACUAGGCCUGAGCUAACAUCACACGGCGUCGGUGAGCAGGAGGUUACGAAGCAGCAGUCGGGGGAGCCACCACAUAGUGCAGUUUCGGCGGCUUCAAUGGGAGAGGAAUCAGCUUCGCAGGUUAGGGGCGAUAUCGCGCCAGAUCCGCAUGGAGAUUGGCUGAUUGUGAAACGGCAAAAUCGGAAACAUAAUAUUGGCAAACCGUUUAGCAAGGGACGAUCUGCAUCUCAUAAUGGGAUUACGGAGAUUAAGGAGCGGGAUCGGAAUAUGCAAGAUUACCCCACGAAGGGUGUGCAACUUGACGUACCACGUGCGAGUUUUAAAACCCCACGUGCGGUGACUGUACCUCCACGAGAACAUGGCCAUGCAGCUGGUUCCAUACAUGGUGAUAGGGACCACACACCGAAUAGGAAUCCUCAAAUUAAGGGCGCCAAUAGUGAACGAAAGAAACGUAUCAGAGGGGAGGAGUUUCGUGAACAAUCACGGGCCAUUCCAGCUGGCGCGAACACGGACUCCGUCGUGGAAAAGAAUAAGACCCGAAGCCCAUACACCCAUCCUUCUCUCGGUGACCCACGUGUGCACGAGGAGUUGAUGGGGGAAUUGCACCAGGAUAUGAUAACAAGUGUGCCCCAAUCAGGUUUCACGAUUGACGCAUGCCAUGCUAACGAGGAUGGUGGGCAGGAGUUACCAGGGAUGGAGGAUAUUAUGCAAUAUGACCAGCCAUUGGAAGAGAAGGCCAUGAUGGCUUGA